AUGUUUGAUGAUAUAGAUUUGGAUUUAUUUAUGUUUUGGCAAAAGCCUAUUACUUAUAGUAUUUUAUUAUGGACAACAGACGAGUAUCCAGACACGGAGAACCAUGUUUAUUCUCCACAUAAAAAAAUACUAUCAAAUGCAACUGUUGUUAUAAAUGUUCAAUCAAAAGGAAAAAUUAAAAAGAAAUCCGCUCUUCGAGAAAACUAUUAUAUUAGUAAAUUAUUUUUUCCUGAAAUUGUUGAUCGUUCAAAUUUAAUUAUGAAAUGGGUCCAAUUUGAUGGAACUGAUGUAAAAUCAAGAAAUGCGUUCGUACAACCAUUGUUUAACGGUACUUAUUUAUGUAUCAAUGUCGAUCUAGGUACGUUAACUGUAUCAACAUAA